CAUGGCCACCCACAAGGAAAAAGAUAAAACCUUUCUCUCAUGAAUCUUUUUCUCCCUUCUUUCUUCAACUUGUUAAAGAAUCAUCCACACCAUACCAACCGUGAGGACUAUCACUGGAAGCCGAAGAAAGAAGGAUACGAGAAAAAGAAAAAAAAAACUAAAUAACUGAAAACAGCUGUCAGGUAGCGGCUACGACAGUUAUGUCGAAAAAGGUUGUUCUUCGGUCGGCAGUGUCUCGCCCGCGGCAGCCGCUGCUGCAGCAGAGCCAGAGCUUCCCCCAGACGGGGACGAGGCUAGGGGAGGCGGUGGGCGGUACCGCCGCCGUGUGCUGCUGCUUCUCGUUCGGGUUGGCGAACAUGAUGUAUCUAGCGAUGUACAAGGUGCCGACGAGACUCUGCCAGAAGGCGCUGCGGCGGAAGCGACGGCAUCUGCGGAGCAAGAGCGUGGGGUUAGAGAUGGUGACGCACUCGCGGCGGUGCUCGUGCGGAUGCUGCGACGACAUCAUGGGCGCUGGGCGGGUGUACCCGCUGUGCAGCGAGGACGAGGAGGACGUGGCGGCGCUUCGGCGGCGGAGCGAAGCGGAGAAGGACUCGGACGUGGUGGAGCUGGAGAAAGAGAUGUGGGAGAGGUUUUACGGGUCUGGGUUUUGGCGAAGCCCUUCUCAGAGAAAUGAAGAAGCUGUUUAUGUUCCAAAUCUUAAGGUCGUUGCUGUUAAGUGAUUCCUUGGCUCAACCUCGUAACAUGAAUGAACAUUAAUGGGAUGUCAUUUGUUUUUAGAAAAUUUUCCCUUAAUGUUCUUCUUUUUGGUUCCUUCAUUUCAACAUGUUUAUCAAUUCCUUC